GACGUUGGGGAGGCCGCCGGCAUGGAGGACUUGCUGGACCUGGGCGAGGAGUGGCUUCGCGGCCCCGCCACCUCCGGGGCCAAGAUGGGUCGCCGGGCUCAAGCAGAGGCAGCUCAGAUUGAGAAUCAGCUCAGUGGCAAGAAUCCCUCUUCGACCCUGACGGGAGAGGCUCCUCCUCCAAAGCCUCCCCGUCGGCAAGGAGGCUGGGCAGAUGAUUCCAUGAAGGCUUCCAAGUUUGGAAAGAAGGCCUCAGAAGAGGAAGACUACCGCCUCAGACAGCAGAGCCUGGAUGGAUCAGAUGAAGGAGGAGAUAUUCCCGUUAUUCCGGAUCUGGAAGAGGUUCAGGAAGAAGACUUUGUCCUGCAGGUGGCAGCCCCUCCCAGCAUCCAGGUCAACCGGGUGAUGACCUACCGUGACCUGGACAAUGACCUCCUGAAGUUCUCCAGCUUUCAGAAUCUGGAUGGUGAAGUGGACCUGAAGCUCCUCACCAGAGUUCUGGCGCCCGAGCAUGAGAUUCGAGAGGAUGAUGUCGCCUGGGACUGGGGCCAUCUGUACACGGAGGUGUCCUCUGAGCUCCUCACUGAGUGGGACCAGCAGCAGAUGGAGAAGGAGGACCCUUCGGGGCAGCCCAGGAACCCCUGAUGCUGGGGUGGGGGGGCAGACCCUUCUCUCUGCCCACAGUGACCACUGCUGAGCACGGGACAAAGACAGCCAGCCGUACUCGAGAAGCUGACUCGAGAAGCCGAGUAGUCAAAUUUUUUAUCCAGAAUCUUCUGUCCUGUUUAUUCUCGCAGACCACGUAGGGGUCAUCUGUCACAAUAAAGUGCUUACUCCAG